GUGACCGGUGGCAUCAGGAAGUAUUUUCAGGAAGUAGUUUGCUGCUGUUUGAGUGACAGCUGUGCGGUGGUGACAGCCCACACGGGACGGCAGCCCGCAGAGCCGAGCCGAGACUCAAGAUGGCAGGUCUAUCUUUAUACUUUGAAGAUGGCCAUGAUGAUCUGGAUGACUUUGGAUUUGAUGACUAUGGUUCAGAGUGCGAUGGCAUCCGCAUCACAGCCUUUCUCGAUGCAGGACAAGACAACCUAACACCUCUUGGGAGGCUAGAGAAGUAUGCCUUCAGUGAGAAUGUCUUCAAUAGGCAGAUCGUGGCUCGUGGCCUGCUUGAUGUGCUUCGAGAGUUCAGUGACAAUGAAAAUGACUUUAUAAGUGUCAUGGAGACAGUUGCCAGAAUGUCAGAAGAUGGAGAGCCUACGGUGCGAGCUGAACUGAUGGAGCAGGUUCCCAACAUCGCCAUGUUCUUACACGAGAGUCGGCCCAACUUCCCAGCAGCUUUCUCAAGAUACUUGGUGCCCAUUGUAGUCGGAUAUCUCACUGAUCCAAACAACCAGGUGCGGAAGACGAGCCAGGCAGCGCUGCUUGUUCUGUUGGAGCAGGGCCUCAUCUCUAAAGCUGAUAUGGAGACCAAAGUUUGUCCAGUUCUGCUUGAACUCACAGAACCCAGCAGUGACGAUGACUACAAAAUUGAGGCAGUUGCUAUCAUGUGUAAGGUUGUCACCAUGUUGAGCAAAGACACAGUGGAGCAUCUUUUGCUGCCACGCUUCUGUGACCUGUGCAGUGAUGCCCGGCUCUUUCAAGUUCGCAAGGUCUGUGCAGCCAAUUUUGGAGAGUUUUGUUCUAUUGUGGGUCAGGAGGCAACUGAAAAACUAUUGAUGCCCAAGUUCUUUGAUCUGUGCUCAGACAGUCUGUGGGGCAUCAGGAAAGCUUGUGCUGAGUGCUUCAUGAUGGUCUCCAAUUCCACUUCUCCGGAGGUGCGACGUGCGAAAUUGUCCCCCCUGUUCAUCAGCCUUAUCAGUGACCAGUCUCGCUGGGUGCGACAGGCUGCCUUUCAGUCUUUGGGGCGUUUCAUCUCCACCUUUGCCAAUCCCUCCAGCACAGGCCUUCACUUUAGAGAGGACGGCUCUCUACUAGAGGUUGCCAGGUGUACAUUGGACAGCGACUGCUCUCUAAAUUCUCUGAACUGCUCCGACAUAAGCGGCUGCCACACGGAAAGAACCAUCGCUCACACACCUCCCAAUCAGGAUGGCCGUGCUACGCCAUCCCCAGAGCACAUUGUAACAGCUGACUGUGAAGAAAUGCACAACUUUGACGACAACCACAGUUAUAUUCCUGGAGAAAUGCGCCACGCCUUCACCCACACAGUUUCAAACAGCAGCCCUACGACUACAAACAACGCUAAAAACACAAAAGAAACAGAGCAGACAGAUGAGAACUUUAAUUCUUUCCACUAUUGGAGAUCUCCAUUACCAGACAUCAGCGGGGAACUGGAGAUGCUAAAUUGUCAAACUUCAGAGAAAGUGUUAGACAGGGAGGAAAACAAAGAGGAGGAGGAACCUGAAGAUGAUUGUCCUGAUUCCAAGUCCAGCCCUGGCAAAGCUACCAGCGACCAGAUCCAAAAGGUCUUAGACUGUUUGCAACCCCACAUGGAUGACCCUGAUGUACAAGCUCAAGUCCAAGUGUUGUCAGCAGCUCUGAAGGCAGCCCAGCUCGACAGCCCGACAGACGACAGCCCAAUAGACGACAUCCCGACUGAACCCCAGUCAGAAGAGCAGCCUGAGAACAACACCGACAGCCUGUCUGUGGAGGUUCAGUCAGAGAGUGAAGAGAGUCCCACAGAAGAGGAGCAAACGCUGGAAACUCCUCCAGCCUCGGAGUCCAGCCCUGUCCAGGAGCAAGGCGAUGAAGAGACGCAGACGGAGCCCCUGGAGGACCCGAAGGACAACGAAGAGUCUUCUCCUGACUCCCCCAUUUUAGAGUCUGAACUAAUUGAGAGUGUGGAGGCGGAGAGAAAGGAAGACACUGCUCACAGCCCAGUGUUUGAGGAUAAGCCUAAGAUCCAGAAUGUCAUCCCCCAGCAGCUGUUGGAUCAGUACCUCUCUAUGACAGACCCGGCCCGGGCCCAGACGGUGGAUACGGAGAUAGCCAAACACUGUGCCUUCAGCCUGCCGGGUGUAGCACUCACGCUGGGACGACAGAACUGGCACUGCCUGAAGGACACAUAUGAAACCCUCGCUACUGAUGUGCAGUGGAAGGUGCGGCGUACGCUGGCUUUCUCCAUCCACGAGCUGGCGGUUAUCCUGGGAGACCAGCUGACAGCCGCUGACCUGGUGCCCAUCUUCAACGGUUUCCUCAAAGACCUGGACGAGGUCCGCAUUGGCGUGCUCAAACACCUCUAUGACUUCCUCAAGCUGCUGCACGCAGACAAGAGGAGAGAAUAUCUGUACCAGCUGCAGGAGUUCAUGGUGACAGACAACAGUCGCAACUGGAGAUUCAGAUAUGAGCUGGCAGAGCAAUUGAUCCUCAUCAUAGAGUUGUACAGCCACUACGAUGUGUAUGACUACCUCAGACAGAUAGCGCUUACACUCUGCUCUGACAAAGUCUCAGAGGUCAGGUGGAUUUCAUACAAAUUGGUUGUAGAGAUCCUCCAGAAGCUGUAUGCAUGUAGGGCCGAUGAUCUGGGCCUGAACUUCAUCAACGAGCUCACAGUCAGGUUCUGCCACUGUCCCAAGUGGGUGGGGCGGCAGGCAUUUGCCUUCAUCUGCCAGGCUGUAGUGGAGGAGGACUGCAUGGCCAUGGAGCAGUUUAGCCAGCACCUCUUACCUAGCCUGCUCAGCCUCUCCUCAGACCCGGUGGCCAAUGUCCGCGUACUAGUGGCCAAGGCUCUACGACAGAGUGUCAUGGAGAAAGCAUACUUCAAGGAGCCUGGCUGCGCCUACUCUGACGAGCUGGAAGAGACUGUGAUGGCUCUGCAGUCGGACAAGGACCGGGACGUCCGCUUCUUUGCCAGCCUGGACCCCAACAAAGGCUUGAUGGACACGGCUCCCCUGAUUUAACCUCAGCUCCUGAGUCCCACUACAGCCCACCUGCCUGUCUACCUACCUACUUGUCUGUCUGACUGAUGCACAGUCAGAGUAACCUGCAACACCAGCACCUGACCAGAUGCCCAACCAACUCGCCUGCUGGGCAGUCCUCCACCAACGACCACUUGAGAAUCAUGUCAGAUGUUCAGAUUAACUAUAUAAAAGUAUGAGCAUGCUCCAACAACACAACCCAGUCUCUGGUUGGGCACUACAUUGCACACAUUGCAUUCAAAACACAAACUGCAUACUUCUCAGAGUUUUCAGAAAAUGAGCAGGACUCAAGAGAUUAGCUGCACCACUUUGUGGGAGCUGGCGUAUUUACUGAACUUCUCCCCCCCACCCUCCUCCACACUAACAUUGACUCAACCCUUCCCCAAAACUACAAUGGUCUCUCUCUCUCUCUCUCUCUCUCUCUCUCUCUCUCUCUCUCUCUCUCUCUCUCUCUCUCUCUCUCUCUCUCUCUCUCUCUCUCUCUCUCUCUCUCUCUCUCUCUCUCUCUCUUCCCCCCCCCCCCUCCUCCCCAAAGCUAAUUGUAAGCUUGAUAUUAAAUUGGUGAAUCGAUUUUUUUUUUUUCUUAAUGCUUCAUUUUGUGGAUUUCUUAACGAACAAGCGGGCGAGGCCUGCCCGACUGACGUGUGCACUAACUCAGGGGGACUCAUCUGAACCUAAACAGCAUUAUUAGCUUACAUGAUACACAUGAUCAGCUCCUGGAUCCCUGGUGACAAAUACUCCAGCUGUCUUGAGCAACAGACCAGCCAAACCAAGUAGCUCUGCUGGUGUCGCUCGCCUCAUUUUCUCCUAAAUGCCUCCGUUGUCUCAGAUGUCCUGUGUCUUCUGAGAUGUCCUCUGGGUUAUUGUCUGUUUCCCUUUUACCUUCUCUUCUCUCACUCACUCUUUCUCUGCAUUUCUCCACCUGAUCUUCAUGGGCCAAUGAAACCACUACUACCGCACAGAAGGAACAGUGAUUGUGCCACUGGGCGUAACUCUUGAUUAAAACCAUAUCUUGAUGUUUUAAAAGAACACCUAACCCCCCCGCCCCCCGCGUCUGUUUACCAAAAAUGUGACACAACGCGUCUCUCAAAUGGCAGGAGACUAAUGAAAUACCUCUGUGUGGACAUGACUGGCCAGUGUGUCGUACAUGUAGAGGGAUAUCCACGGUUCAAAGAGGCUCUGAAUGUCCUCGAUGGGUGAUCUCUUUUUGACCGAUUCUGUGGUGUUGAGAAAAACAUCUUAACAAGGGCUCAUGAUGUGACACAAGGCGAUGUAAAUGUCAGAAAGAAGAGGAAGAAGGCAAGCACACUGUUGGAAUAUGCAUGUGCCCCCCCCCCCCCCCCCCCCUCCCUUGUGUAUAGUCUAUUCCAGUUACUUAAGGUUGACCUCCUGAUAUUGAUUUAUGUGACCAUGGUAGCUUUCAGUGGAUCUCACCGACCAGUUGUACAGUAGGAUAUAGGAAUGGCUGUGUUACGAAACUGAAAGCUGAUCAUUAUUUCCCUGUAUUGGGGGAAUGAUUUAUUAAGUAUGAGGUUUAAUCAAAACUCUUUGUACAGCUUAAACCUGUGGAAAACGGUAUGUGUUUAUGGAACCAAGGCCAGUUUAGUCGGGUUUUCACCCAUCGAGAUGUUUGUGUGUGAAUAUUGGGAGCAGCCACCAAGUCACUUUUUGUAGUGUUUCGAGCUUGUUGGUUUUCCUCUGUUGUAAAUGGUAACCCCUUCUCCCGCCCUCUCCCCCAUUUUUCUUUUUUUUUGGAACAGACAUAACUUGAGAACUUAAGCUGAUUGUGGUGUGUGCUGUGCAUCUCAAGUCUUUCUUCCUUCGAAAGGAGAGCUCACUGCGGUAAUGGCAGUGUCUACUCAUCUCGUCUGUCUGCAAUUUGUGUCCAUCUCAUUUUUUAUGUAGUAGAACAGUUAAUAUAUACAUUUUAUGAAAAUUAUUUUUCUUUUCAAUUAUGCACCACUGUUCAAAGAUUUUAUAUCCUAACUUUACAAAAUUUACAACCUUUGUAAUAUUCAAUGGUUUCUUUUAAAAAGACAUUUUAUGUAAUGUUAUUUUUAGUAUUCUGUAAUUAAAAUGAUGAAAAUUAA